ACAAACAAUAUGGCGGACGUGGGUUGAGAAUUUGCUAAGUGUUAUGCACUUUUUACGCAUCAAAACUUUACAGUGAAAUAGCUAACAGGACACCAUGCCAAUCACAAAAAUUCCAAUCUCCCACAAGUUUGGGAUCAUCUCCCAUAGUCAGCGCCUGGAGCUUCAGGAAAGACUUCUCAAACAAACCUACCUCCAGAGUGUCCAGAGCCAGAAAGUUGUAGUACAGACAAGCCGAAAUCCACUGGAAGUGACAGAAGAAUUCAUCAAACAAUACAAUGAGGUUAAAGGAUUGGAAGAAAAACAACAAUUAGAAACCACUGCACAGAAGAUGCUAGAAAGGGCAAAGAGGAGAGCAGGACUACGAGAUAAAGGAAAUGGACAACAUGUCAAUCUGCCGAUGGCAUGGACAGAGUUAGCUCAGCUGGCACAGUGUAAAGGCAAGAUUCAGGAUGAGUGUUUGGAUGUAUUGAUUAUCUCCCUUGACCAGUCCCCACUUGAGAAGUAUCACAUCCCAGCUCUGUUUUUCCUGGCUGAGACCAUGUUAUACUGGCUGAGGACAGACUCUGUACACCAACCCUAUCUCAGAACAGGAGAAAUCAAACUGCUCAAGAUGGGUGAGCUGACCUUCACUAGGCUGUUUUACCAUCACAUGGCUGGACAACUUCAGGGACAGAAUGAAUUCAAAAGUCGACUGUUCACCUACCUUGAUGGUUUGGGAGAAUGCCAGGAGGCUUACAACCCCUAUCCUAAUGCACUUCUGUGCUUAAGAUUUAUCAUCACUGUGGGGAAGAUCAUCAUGGCCGAUGCACAGAUGGAGCCAGGAGAGAUCAAGGAGGGUGACAUCUUUUCUAAACCUCGCACCCCUCUGAGUAGACCUAGUCGGCCUUUGAGUCGGGAUGCAUCAUUUGUGGGUAAUGAGAGUACCAAAGCUGACACGAGGGAUAACACCAGCUUCUCUGCACACAGUGGAGCCAUCAGUAGCAGUGUCCAUGACCUCAGCCCCACACUCUGGCAUGCUUUGGAUGUGUGGCGUUGUACAAACCAUUUAGGAGGAGGUCUAGGGGAGGCUCUCAGAGCCCUUGCUCACUGUGGCAUGGGGCUUUCCAAUGAAAACUGGAUAGACACUAUGAUUGCUCUGAAAAUAUUAGCUGAGGCAGCAAAGACAGACAUAGCAGCCAUGCAGACCCUACACAGUCUGGCUCGUGGUAGCAAACCAAAGAUCCGAGGUGGUACACCUCCGGAAAGCUCCGGUACAGAUGGAUCAGCUGAUGACAAAGAUGAUAUAUACAGUGUUUCUAGUGAUGGUGAUGAAUCUCACCGUGGGGAUGAGAGCUACCUCAGUUCUAAACCAACUCUCAGUGACAUCUAUGAGCGAAGUGAUGAGGACCGGGACUCAAGAUUGACCAAUAAACUUACUCCCGACCAAAGAGAAGCCAAACUAAGCAGAGAAAACCUUGAGAAAUUUGAUAAUAAACUUAAAUCUGCCUUGAAGGAAAACACAUCUACGUCACCAGUGAAGGGUCCACAGAGAGAGGUGUCUUUUGCUGACAGUAAUGGUAAAGGCAAGAAGAAGGAGAAGAAGUAUUCAAGAGAAUCAGAUCAUGUGAUAGACCCACACACUAGACAGUCAAAACAGAGUGAUCAGACAGGGUUCAGAGUGGAGCUAGGAUCGGACGCUAGUGGGCGAGACUCACAGGCUAGCUCUGUCCCAACCUACACGAACCUACCAAUGUCGGACACCCCUGGUCUAAAUGGUUGGCACUGGGAGGUGGCCAUCACCUAUACAGACAUCCUAGCAGACAUUUGUCUGUAUGGAGCUAAUGCUAACAUUCAGAAAAUGGCUCUUAUUGGAAACAAUAAGGAUGUGACUAAUCCAGUUAGAUACCAUGUCCACAAUUUACCACUGAAAAGUAGUGGACUGUUAGAUCUGGCUUUCUUCCAUGCUACCAAUGAAGUCAGGGAUGGUGGGCCGAACGACUGGAGCUGGAGAAUACGCUAUGGAGCAAUACAGUCUCUGGUGAAAAUUGUGCGUUGUCUUGGUGCAGAUAAGAAUAAAGAAGGAAUGAAAACUGCUGCAUGGAACAUCCUCCUGAAGGCCCACUCUCAUGAGAAGGAUGACCGAGUCUUAGAGGCACUCAAAGUUGGUCAGGUUCAUACUGAUAUAGAGCAAAUGUUUGAGAAAUUUGCAUCACAAACCCAGCCGGUUAUGAUAGGAUCCAAGAUGGCUGCUGGGCUCUCCAAUAUUUACCUACCUCCACUGCCCCCUCCUGUAGAUCACUUUGUGCCUAAGCCCAAGGCCUCAUCCCCACCUUUCAAAUUCAAACAGGACCUCUCCCCAAGAAAGACUGUUCCCAACAGGACAUCUCUUAAAGAGGAGAUCAUGCUAGCUACUGCCCUGUAUGAACCUCCCAUAGACUUUAAAAAGAGGACCAGCUUUGAUUUGAGAAGGAUUGUAGAAGAUCAGUGGCGGAAGGAGCUUCAGAUGGAGAUGGAGGAGGAGGAGCGACAGAGACAGCGAGAUCUGGAGGCUAAGAACAAAGCAGAGGAAGAAAGGCAGCGAUAUAUAGCACAGACACGUGCAAAGAAACUGGCAAACAACAAACCUAGUCCAGUAUUAGUCAGCUCUCCAGACAUGUAGACUGGACAUGCAUGCUCUGGACAGUGGACAGUUGCAGUAUUAUCAAAUUAGAUGUACAGGCCAGCCUCAGUUCUAUAGCCACAACCAAACACUGCUUUAUUAUCUCGUUUAGAUAGCCAGUCAGUUAAUUAAUGUGGGCAGUAUGUCUUUGUGGAUCCUUUUUAUUGUAUUUAGACAAGUGCUACUGAGGACACAUCAGCAGGACACGUGUAUGACUGUAUAGCCAGAGAUGUCCAUCUUACAUGCCUCUCCACGUGGUCAGUGUGUGAUACUUAUUAGGUCUAAGGAUAUCUAUAUGGACACAAUAGGACUGUCUCUGCAGCUUGUGCUAGCUGUUAAGGAAAUUCCUCCAUUGGUAUGUUGUCAUAUUCAGCCUGUGUCACUAGAGCCUUGCAUGAAGUUUCCUGUCCCAGUAUUGUGUCCACUGGUACCUCUUCUGGACUAGUUAUCUAUAACUUAUCCCUCUACUGAAUCAGACUGUUUCAUAGAUUUGCAUUCAUGUAGCCAUUUUGAAAAUAGACAGGUUUGGAUACUACUGGUAACUUGCCUGGACUUGAGAUAUAAUUCUAUCACUUAACUUGUCGCUGAUCCUGAUACAUAAACAGUUAAUGACAAUUCAAGUUUUGGUAUUUGCAAAUGAAAAGAUUUAUAACCUAACUGUGAUACUUUAUUUAUUUUGUUAUUUCAUAUCAUAAACUCAUUUCAGGUUUUAAUUUAUUAUGUUAAGUGUCUUAACUAUUAUACGAAAGUGUAUAAAUUUAUGCAAACAGAAGAUACAGCUGUUAUGAACAUGUUCAUGAUAUUGCCAUAAAGUGAUAUAAAGACACAUGAUAUCUUUAAAGUUUUAUUUAAAGCAACAACUGCUAUAUAUUUUUUUUUGCUUUAAUCUAUAUCAAUCAUAUUUUGCCAAA